AUGGGAAGGGCAAAUCAAACUAGCAGCGCACCGGCACCGAUCAAGCACUUCAGCCACCCUCACGAACUCGAACCAAUCCAAAACAAUCCUCAAUAUCUAAUUCUUUGUUCAGGAUGCAAACUUGAAGCCUCAGGAAUUAUGUACACAUGCAGUCCCUGUAAUUUCACUCUUCACUCAACAUGUGCUCAAUUACCGAAGCUGAUCACUCACCCGUCCCAUCCGGGAUGCAAUCUGACUCUCCUCCCUGUCUCGUCCUACGCCGGUGGUAGGUUCAACUGCGAUGCCUGCAACCGCCAAGGUGAAGGGUUCAGCUACCAUUGUGGCAAGUGUGAUUAUGAUCUCCACGUUUUGUGUGCGAAAAAACCGAUGAAUGUUACUCAUCGUGCACAUUCGUGCCCGCUUGAGCUAACUUUCAAGAAUCCUUACGAGACUAAAGGAUUCUCCUGUGAUAUCUGUAGACAGAUUGGGUCUAAUCAGUGGCUUUACCGAUGCAGUUCUUGUGAAUUUGAUGUGCAUUUGGAUUGUACAACAGCUAUGCCUAAACCUAAACCUGUUGUACAUCAUCACCUUUCAUUUCCCAGUGCAAGUAAUCAAAAUCAUCUAAUGGCUGCAGGGGUCCCUAUGAACCCUAAUCAUCCUCAUCUGAUUCACUCUGCAAGCACUGGAUCACAAUUUCAGGCUCCCCAUAAUAUGAUGCACAGUGCAAGUAUUGGUGGAAUCACAAAUCCUCAUAUGGGUCCUGUGAAUACAGGGUUUGUGCCAACAUAUACGGCGCCGCCGCCUAUGCAGAACAAUAUUCAGCGACCAAACAUGAUUAAUGGGCUCGGCACCACCUUGAUGACGUCAGCGGUGCAGGGGCUGGUUGAAGGGGCUUUCCAGCAGGUUGGACAGAAUGUCAUGCAAGGUAUUAUUGGUGGAGGCGAUGGCGGUGGAGAUGGUGGCGCUGGCGGUGGCGCGGAGUACGGUGGGGCUGAUGGUGGAUAUUCUGAGUAUUAA